AUGGUGCUUCAUGCACGUGUUGUCUUAGACUUGUGUGAACAGCUUGAACAGGAGAUAAGUUUUGAUCAGGUUGAAGGGGACUUUGACUCAUUUAGAGGAGGGAGGAGAAUGGGGUUUUGCAAGCGUUUGAGAGUUGAUGGUGGAGAAGAUGCAGAGAUUAUGAGGGAGAAGUGUGGGUAUGGUUGGGUUUUGCAAGGAAGAAGACGCUCGCUGGCUGCAAUUGGAGAAGAGGAGAAGACUGUCACGGAGAAGACGACUCUCGCUGGCUGUUGGAGAGGAUGCCGGCAACAAGGCCUUGAGACCGGAGGCCAACGUUCUUCAUUGACGUUAAUGAUUAAUGUUAUGUUCUGA